AUGUACAAGGGAGAAAGGGAAGCAAGCGGGUUUACGGGCUGGGAGUUAGGAGUUAAGGUGUUGGUAGAAGUGGUAUCUCAAAUCAGUCAAGGAGAAGAAGAAAAGAUCAAGAAACUAGACAGUAGACGACAGACAGUAAAGAUAGCGAGCAGUAAGGACAGAAGCAGCAGCAGCAGCGGUAAAGCAAGACAAUGUAUCAAAGACAAGAUUGGAAGAGGCAAGGAAAGGAAACAAAGAAAAAGCAAGACGGACGAUACGAGUGGAAAACAGGAAGAAAAAACACACAAAAGGAAAAAGACGCAAGAAAAUGAGAACGCCAGACAGACAGACCUGAAGGCAGAAAGCAGAGCAGAGCAAGAGGAUAUAUCCCGUUAA